AUGCAUCAGGCACUUCUUACAGUGGUAGCCAUUACGGUUCUGCCAUUCGUGGCAGCGGAAAUCAGUUGGGACGAGGCCUAUACUAAAGCAAGGGCAGCCGUUGCCAAAAUCUCCAUCUCAGACCAAGUUGGCCUUGCUACCGGACAGGGACGAGGCACAUGCGUAGGAAAUAACUAUCCUGUCGAUUCUAUCGGUUAUCGUUCCCUGCGCUUGAAUGAUAGUCCCCUGGGCGUGAGCCGUGCCACGGUGGCUACGGCUUUCACACCAAGUAUCCACGCCGCCUCGACCUGGGACAAGGAGCUCGUCCGUCAGCGCUCCCAAUUCCAUGGAGAGGAGGCCAAAGCCCUGGGCGUCCAGGUCCUGCUUGGUCCUGUGGCUGACCCGAUCGGCAAGAUACCAGAGGCAGGUCGCAACUGGGAGGCGUGGGGCUCUGAUCCCUAUCUCAAUGGCGUCUAUUCUGCCAUCGCUAUCCAAGAAAUGCAACGGACUGGCGUCCAGGCCUGUAUCAAGCACUACAUUGGGAAUGAACAGGAACUCAACCGCACUACGAUGUCCAGUAACAUCGAUGACCAAACUAUGCAUGAGGUUUAUCUCUGGCCAUACUAUGAUGCCGUUCGUGCCGGAGCCACCUCCGUCAUGUGCAGCUAUAAUAAGCUCGAUGGAGUAUGGGCAUGCGAGAAUGACCAUAUCCUCAACAAGCUCCUCAAGACAGAGCUGGGGUUCCCGGGAUAUGUCAUGUCUGACUGGGGCGCGCACCAUACCACCGUGCUGAGCGCCAACUCUGGUCUUGACAUGUCCAUGCCCGGAUCCGCUUACAAUAGCUCGAGCACCCUAUGGGGUACGAACUUGGAGCGCGCCAUCCGGUGUGGAAAGGUAAAGAAGGAGCGUGUGGCGGAUAUGGCGCUCCGCAUCCUGGCUGGAUACUACAAAACAGGGCAAGAUGGGGGAUACCCUUCGGUUGACUUUACCCGCGAUGUCCAGAGUAACCACGGCGAAAACGUUCGCAAGACAGCCCGCGAUGGCACUUUCUUACUCAAGAAUGAAGGCGACAUCCUCCCUUUGAAGCGGGGCUCUGGAGCAGCCCGAUACCCAUACUUCAUUGCCCCAAUCGAUGCCAUCAGAGAAAAGGCGGCGACUUUCGGGGGCGAGGUGACGCAGAGCGAGACUGACGACCCGGAAGCGGGCGCCAUCGCAGCAAAAGGCAAAGAUGCGGUCAUUGUCUUUCUCACAAGCUUCGGAACAGAAGGUCGUGAUCGGUUUAGUACAUUGGCACCGGAUGACAAUGGAUACGACCUCGUCCAAGCGGUGGCAGAGGCCAGCGAGAAUGUCAUCGUCGUGGUACAUGCCGUCGGGCCUAUCAUUCUCGCACCCAUAUUGAAGCUUCCCUCGGUCAAGGCGAUCGUCUGGGGUGGGCUCCCUUCGCAGGAGAGUGGCAACGCGCUGGUUGAUAUUGUCUGGGGUGAUGUGAAUCCUAGCGGCAAGCUGGUAUAUACUAUUGCCAAGGAUGCAGCCGACUAUAACACGAAAUCCGUGCCUACAGAUGAUGACUUUAGUGAGGGUCUCUACAUCGACUACCGCCACUUUGAUAGGGAGGGGAUUGAGCCAGAGUACGAAUCUGGGUUUGGACUAUCAUACACCAAGUUCGAGUACUCCGACAUUGAGAUCAGCUCUCAAGCAAGGAGCGGUCCUGCCAGCGGCGAUAUCGCCCCCGGAGGUCAGAGGGAUCUUUGGGACGAGGUUGCCAAAGUCACUGCGAAGAUUACCAACGCCGGAAAGGUCGCCGGCGCAGAAGCCGUCCAAUUAUAUAUCACCCUUCCGGAAUCAACUGAUUCGCCUCGACAGCUACGUGGCUUUGACAAGGUAUUUCUUGGCCCCGAUGCCUGGGGGACCGUGGCGUUUUCUCUCUUUCGUAGGGAUCUUAGUGUAUGGGACGUGGAGAAUCAAUCAUGGACCAUCCCCAGGGGUACGAUUGUAGUGAAUGUCGGAGCAAGCAGCAGGGAUCUGAGGCUCGAGGGUGUUAUUGAGAUCGCUUAG